AUGUCAGGACUGAAGGUGCCAAGAACGGCGGUGGCACUGCUCCUGUUGGCGGGGCUGCUGAAUAUGUUGCCUGCGAUCGGAGCUGCACUUAUCAGCAGCUACUGGCCGGCUGUUGGCUCUUACGCAGGUGGCACCCAGCUUUCUAUCGUUCUCGAGAACCCUCUCAACGUCACGCAGACAAACGGCUGGGUGUACUGCCGUUUUGGGUCAACGAUUAUCUUCAGCGCAGGCUACGACGCAAAUGCAACUGCAGGCCCGACUGUCACGUUCCUUGCCCCAGCUUCUCUGAGCGGCAAGGCGGAGGUGGAUGUGGCGUUCAGUGCGAAUAGAACCACCUUCGAGAUCUUUGGAAGAUUCAUCUACCACGAGCCCCUGAUGAUCCAGUCGGUGGAGCCCGCGGCUGGGCCCGUCGCCGGUUAUCACCACAUUUACGUCACCCUGCGUAACCGGAACCCGCUGCCGAGCCAGCUCACCGGCAACGACAUCAAGCUCCUGCUCGAUCCCGCUUGUACCUUCCAGAACGUCACCGUGCCCGGGAGCUUCCACCGAUCAUCCGCGGACUUCCCCUGGGCCUAUGUUCGCUGCAAGACCCCGCCUAGGACUGCGGGUCCGGUCAACUUGACCGUGUCCCUGAACGGCCAGGAGUGGUCGGUCCUGCCGGGAACGUAUACGUACGUAAACUCCAGCCAGCUGACGGUCGCGGCGAUUGCAGAGUACCAGGGGGGCAACGACCCGGAGGCGUUUACGUCGUGGAUUGACUCCCAAACGGACUCCAACGGGACCGUCAGCCACUUCUACAACGCAUUCUACGGCGUCGCUGAAAACCAAGGAUCGGGCUAUUUGUACAAUGAGACGGUGCAGACGCCUACAAAGUUCUACUACUACGACCCUUUGGCUGGGCCGAUGCCUCAAUACCCCCCCCCUGUCCCUAUCGUGGACGUCUACGUGCAGUCCGUCUCUAACACCUUCGCGCUGGUAGGACAGAACCCUACCAUCACCGUGAUGAUCUCCUACCAGGUCCCCUUCCCAAGCGGCCAGGGAAUAGAAGUAAAGCCCUUUAUGUGCAGCUUCGGCCAAUACAAACAGUUGGCAUCUUUUGUAGAGUACUACCCAAGCCAAGCGCGCGUGUCUUGUCUGGUCCCCCUCAAAGGAACGCCACAGACGGUGCCCUUCAGGUUGAGCCUCGACGGGAACAACUUCACGUCAGCGAGCUUUGACUUCACCUACUAUGGCAUGCCUCAAACGCCGAGAGUGGUCAACGCCCCCACCGUCAUCAACUCCUUCCAGAGCUUCGAGGCCAUCAUCCCCUUCACCACCAGCAUCUUCCCCGCCAAUUUCACCGCCUUCGACCAGCUGGCCAAUCGGGCCAGGUGCAUCAUGGACCAAGUCGGCUGGCCCGCUGCAGUCUUCCCUCCGGACCAGAACUACACGUUCGGCUCCGCUCCUGCGCCGGGCGCAAACGCUUCUGCCCCGAUUCCUAGCCCUGACCUUGGGCUCUGGUACCCCGGGGUUGGCUAUCUGUUCGCUACCCGCGCUCCCCCCCAAUUGGCCGUCACCGCGCCCUACAAUCCAGCCUUCCGCCUCCAGUACCGGACGGAUAACACGAGCAUGGGCGCCUACUUGGGGAACCUUACUCUCGCGGGGGGCACCAUAACGCCCGACGUCAACAGCACCACGUUCGCUUACAAGGCAACCGGCAACAACCAGUCGACCCUGGCGUUCUCGUUCGGCGCCUCCGCUGACCGGCCGGGGGCCACCAUCGCAAGCUUCACGCAAGACUCCAUCAAAGACAACGUCGGCGUUGUGAGCACCUCCAGCGACGCCACUCCCGUGUACAGCCUCAGCGCCAACCUGUGGUACGGGCCGCGCGACCUCAAGUUCCACGUCGUAGCACCGAACGGCGUCGUCAUGCGGAAAUACACGCUCACGGCGUCCUCCUCCGUCCUCCCGGUGGCCACGUCGAUCUCCGUCAGGGCGGUUCCAGAAGUGGGAAAUUACUGGGUACCCACGCUGACGCCGGCCUUCGCGUCCAACGUCUACGACUACAGCUUGACGGUGGACGUGGCAACGGUGAAUCUCCAUUUCGAAGUCAGGACCAACAUUCCGGACAGAGGGGCCUAUUUCGUCGCGUCGCCGGCCGCCGUGAACGCCAGCGGGAUGCCCCCGCUGUACCCCACCAGCCCGGGCUCAAUGGUCACCCUGCAGGCGCCGCCCGGUUACACGCCGCUGCCCAUGUGCGCCAACCUCUCCACGUCAGUCCCGGUUCCAGCUGCCGGCCCGGGGACUCUUUGCGACGCGUGCUUCCCAACUCCACGCAACUGGAAGUCAAGCUACGGCUACGACAUUAUUACCAACGUCCCACUCACGUGCGCCGGCACCAGCCACUUCUACGUCUGGACGACCGUAGACGGCAACAACACGGUGGUGACCUACAACUUCCACGUCUUUCGGAAGCCGCCCUCUGGACCCCCCGGGAUUGCCAACCUCACCGUGCUCUCUGGCGGGUAUAACCUUUUGGGACCGGUCUGGAUCCCUUUCAAAUCCAUGUUCGCGUACUCAAUGAAAGCCUAUUCGGCUUACCAGCCGAUAGUCCUGGGCAUUCAGCCUAACAUCUCAACCUCCAGCAUCACCAUCGUGCAGAGCCCGGUGACCCUAGUGACUAAAUUACCUUCAGUUCGACCCCCCGAUCUGACGAUUCUUCUGGUGAGUUGGGACGGGGUUAGAACCACAGGUUACAUCCUGACGAUUGUUGUCCCAGGCGCAAUGCUUGCGCAGGUUUUCAUCUCGUCAUGGGCGCAGAACGCGAGCGCCCCCUACGGCCUGAGGUCCUGGCCGGUGUCGCCUCCCUUUCUAGGCUGGAAGGACAAAUUGGGCAAUUGGGACCAAGUCAGCAACGUCACUAUUGGCGACUCCAGCCCUUACGUCAUCGCCACUCUCUUCGUGUGGGACGCCUCUACCGUGGUCUCUCCCCACAAAUACGCCUGCUUUAGCGGCUGCUCAUACCUGCCGGUAUCCGACUCGCGCUACACAUCCGCCGCUCUCCCACUCAGCAACAGCACCCUGAUGCCAAACAACACCGUGCCUGCCAACGGCUGGGUCUCUCGGAUGACCGUUUGGGCUGUGAACCUUGCUUUCGGGUAUCAAGGAGUGGUCUUUAAUUCGCUGGACUCCACUUUCGGGUGGGGCGCUGAUUACGGCUUGAACCUGUACCGUCCGAGCCCGGCGCCCAAGGACGCCUCCAUCACCCGGUUCCUGAUGCAGAGCACGGACGGCAGCAUGACCUUCGCGGAUCCCCCGUUGAUCUCCGGGACUUUCGACUACGCGAUCAAUGUUCCGCUCAGCCUUUCGACGACUGUCUGCUUCGGCGUCCUUACGGCGGACCCUGCCAUCGUAACCCCGCUUGGGGGAUCCAUCAGUCUGACGAUCAACUGGAUGCUUCGGAACCCCAGCCAAUGGAGCUCUUACAGCUUCACCCCUUCCACGGCCACAUUGAACUUGCUCAGCUACGACCUCCAGUCUCAAGACGACCCGAUGCUCCGGUACUGGAAGUGGACGUACCCGUUUGAGAGAACCCCGGGGGCCCCAAGCCGACUGAACGUGACCCUGAAGGUGCAAUCAACCGGGGCCGCGACCAGCAACUACACGUUCACGGUGGAAAGGCCCAAGAGCAGCGAUGCCUCCGUCAGCCAGUUCGGGUACUACCUUGCGAAUGGCCAGCCCGUCCCGCUCAACUUCCAAUCCUUCACCACCAACGGAAACCAGAGGAUGUACACCCUAACUUUAAGCAAGGGCAUCACCGCGGUCGGCCUCUAUGCGGUGCCAACCGACCUCAUGACGACAUUCACCAUGGUGACCGGGGCUUCCUUUACGCCGAACUCGCCGAACCCCAGCCUGACCGCCCCAGGUUACUGGUGCAACUUCGCCGCCUCGUACCGGCUCGCAGUGCCGGGAGCGUCCACUCUGUUCAUCAUAACCGCCACUGCUGAGGACGGCGUCACCCGGCAGGUAUUCCUCAUCGCCGUCAUCCAGGACUUCAGCCAUGACGCCACCCUGAGCUCGAUGCAAGUCUCCGUCCAGGGGAAGAAGGGCUUUAGCCCCGGGUACUUGUAUUCUUACGCAGCGACCGCCGCUUGGGCUCCCAAUUCCCUGAGCAUCGCGGUGAGCGGCGUGACGGGCGGGGCGCUGAAAGCGAAUUUCACCGGGGCGAACACAACCGAUGCGGACGCCACCGUGGUUUACUCUGCGGACGGAGUGUCCUGGUCGCCGGCGCCCUUCGCGAUGCCCCUCGUCGCCGGGACGACCAACCGCUUCUCGGUGCGCGUCACCGCGCAAGACGGGAGGGCGACCAACCAGUACGCGGGCACCAUGGCGGUGCCCCUGGAUGCGACCUCCCUGGCGAACCUCACCGUCUCGGUCGGCUUCCUCCGCCCGCCGUUCGCGAGCAACGUCUACGAGUACGCCGUGAGGGUCCCAAGCAACGUGUUCCGAAUCAACAUCAGUGCGACGCCCGUCGUAAACACGUCGACCGUUUUUUCCGGGUGGUCUCUUACGGGACUCAGCACCGGCGUGACGCCGGUCACUCUCACAGUCCAGGCCGCGACCGGGACAGCGCAGGCUGGUGCGACAAUGGAGUACAAACUGAUCCAGGACUACGUCCCCCCCUCCGACAUGAUGCCCUACGUGCUGGCGUCCGCCACCCAGGCGGACAUGAACUACCAGGCUGCCCCCGGGGGCCCGACUGCCGCCAGCCUCAACCUCGGGGGGCUCGUCACGAACGCCGGGCAGCAGAUGUCGGUACAAAUGGCUGUUGACUGUCCCAAGUACGAGGCCGAUUUUGGAACCGCAGGGGGCGCGAGCUGCGCGGGCUUCGCACACCUCACGCUGGUGCAACUGAACUUUAUUCCCCUACCGGCCAACGUCACUGUCAUCAACACCGGCGCAUCGGGUCUGCUCGCUGCCGGAGUGCUCACCUACAACGUGACGCAGCCGGUCGGGACGUACGUCGUGGCGAUCACCGCAAAAGGCUCCGGAACGAUCAGAGCUCCACUAACUCAGACGGUGAUGGUGGUACCCGCUAUCGAUAUGAGCCCGGUCAGAAGCGUGCUGGCGUUGUGGAUUGCCUCGAUCGACGCCUCCGGGGUCGUCAAAGCGGCCUUCACUCCGGUCGAUACCUACGGCAACAAGCAGACGACCGUUCCAUUCUCCGUGGUCGCCUGCCCGCUUUCCGAAACCUCCAACUCGACCUUCUGCCCGGUUACGAAUCUGACGGUAAACGCCACCUGGAACAGCCAGUUACUCGCGUACGACCUGAAUUACGUCACACACCUGGUCGGCACUUACCGGUUGGUUGUGUUCGACUAUAACGGGGCACGUGUCAUGGACGGACUUCAAACCGUGGGCCUCGCCACGAGCACGCUCAACGACGCAAACAUGUCCUCUGCGGUUAUGCAAGGUAUCGAUGCGUCUUCUGGUACUCCAAAACUCAGCGUUUACGUGAUUCCCCGAGACAAGUACGGGAAUGCCAUCCAAGUCUCCAAUGACAUGUUCAGCCUGGCCCUCGCGUUCACUCCGGCAACCGGGACUCUUCUCAACGCAAACGUCGUGGCCGCCAGCUACACCUCCGUACCUGGUGCUCCUAGCGUGUUCGCUCUGCUCGCGUCCGUAUGGAUGCUGAAGCCCGGGGGCAGCUACCAGGCCUCGGUCCUGGCCCACGGAGUACCGCUGAACGCGUCCCUGCCCUUUACGCUCGCCGCCGCAAUCAACGCAAAGUCCGUCACGGACUGGUCGCAGCUUACGGCCGCGGGGGGGAAUGUCAGUGCCGGCACGCCGUUCUCGUACUCGGUGCAAGGCCGCAACGCGGGCGGCGUUGCUCUGACGUUUGGGGGGGAGACCGGCUCAAUCGCUGUUUACCUAUGCUCGCUGCUCAAGAGGACCAACACCACCAACGCCUGCCCCUCGUACCUGCCGUUCGCGUCGGUUCCCCUCGACUACAGCAACGGCAACUACCUCAUCACGGUCACAGCGCCCCCCGAUGCCGCCACGUACCAGGUGCAGACAAAGAUAGUCGGCCAGCCUCUCGUGGAGCCCGUCAAAAGUCUGGUUGUCGUUCCCCCUCCGCCGCCCCCCACCCCUGCGCCCACCCCUGUUGGCCAGUACAACAUCACCGGGUUCGGUCUGUUCAGACUGCUCAACCGGACGGUGACCCCUACCGUCUACAACCAGAGCUUCAGCUUCUCUGACUACAACAGCACCCUCAAGCCCGGCCUCGCGUUCCUGUUCCUGCUGUCUCCGGGGAACGGCGCGCAGACCUCCAUUCCGCCCGUGGCGUUCCGGUCCGUUCCGGGGGCCUUCCCCGGGGGCUACACCGUGAGCCUCGCCACGAGCUAUGGCGGGCAGUACAACCUGUCGGUGUACCUGUGCGGCCAGCCCACGUGCUAUGACGUCAUCUCGGCGGACAACCAGACGCAGGCGUCCGCGCGGUCGAUCCUGGACCUCACGGAAGCCUUCCCCGUGGGGGCGAUCAGUGCUUUUGCCACCAAAACCGAAUGGUCCUUCAGCAUCCUGGCCAACGCGCUCAGUAGUGUUAAGAUCACGGCGAAGGAUGCGAACGCCGUGAUCAGAGGGCAGGCGCGCGACGCGAGCCGUUUCAAAGUGACUGCUGACCGCGCGAUCGUCGCGGGGACCGUGGUGGACAAUUUCGAUGGGUCAUACGCGGCGCAAUUCGUGCCCACAAUGGUGGGGCAAUACGUCGUGACCGUCUCACUGGACAACACGGCCUUCUCAAGCGGCACCAUCGACGUCGCCGCCAACCCCGCUGACGCCAGCAGCCUUGUCUUGGGGAACCCGGGCAUGAUCAUCGUCGGACAGCCCGUCCCUUUCGUGAUCGCUCCCCGUUUCACCAACUACACCACGGUCAACCCACGUGACGUCACGCCAAGGGACCCCCGGUGCUGGUUCAACUUCAACUUGACUGUGGCGGGGCCGUACAACGUGUCCGCCGCGAUCGGCUCCGCCCAGGUCGGCGGCAGCCCGGCGAGAUUUGUCCUGGCACCGGAAGCGCCGUCUUACCUCCUGUCCCCCGUCACGCUCCAAAACGGGCCGGUCACCGCGGGCGCGCGCGCGGUCUUCUCCGCCAGCUUGAGGGACCGGUACGGAAACCCGGCCCGGGCGACCCUCUCGGCUUUCAUUGUGGCCGCGGGGGGGUCAUCAAAGAGCGUCACCGUUGUGCCCAACGAGCCCGUUCCGUCGCCGCUCUCGUUCCUUCCGGCGACCUCCUUUGACGUUGCCACCCGCUUCACGGUCACGAGCGAGCCUCUGACUGCCCGGGGCACGUACACCGCCUCCUUCAUGGCCAAGUCGGACGCGCCGGCCAUGCCGGUCGGGCUGAAUACGACAAGAUUCACGGUACUUCCGGGGGGCCCCGACCCGACCAACACCGCCAAAGCGCUCACCGGAACCGCGUUGCAGGACGGAACAGUGGGCACGCUGCUCUCACUCUCGGUGCCGCUCUACGACGCGUACCAGAACGCUCUAACCCCGAGCGACGCCCCGGGCGUGGCGGUCGGGUUAACGCUCCGGUUAGCGGGUGACGAGAAGGUGAACCAACUGCUGACGUGGAGCGCGAACGGGACGCAUUUGCUGACGGCGCCGUUUAACGUGACGACGGCGGGGCAGUAUGAGGUGGCGGUGAGCAUGGGGCCCAACAGCGGCAGCCUUAGCAGCAUCUACAGCAAAACAGUCAACAUGGCGGCGGGCCCCUAUGUUUUGGACAACUCGCUGGUCGCCGGGAUGGGCAGUACGACGGCAGGGGUGGCCGGGACCUUCACGGUACAGCUGCGGGGUCAGCUUGUUGACGCGCACCUCCGGGUGGCUUCCCUCUCCAGUCCCUCUCCCAUUUUCAUUGCUUCUCACCGGCAGAUCCUUUCCUCGCUCUCAAACAGGGACGCUUUCAACAACCCGGCAACAACCACGACGCUCCCCACCACUCUUUUCAGCGGGACCUACCUGGUCUAUGGCUCCACCAAACUCCUACUGCAGCAGGGUUCGACUUCUUUCGUCGUCGCCGCCGCGCGUGCGGACCAGCCGGGCCUGUACAUAUUUACUUACAAGACGACCUACGCCCGGGCAUAUACCGCCCACAUUCUGAUCCAGUCGAAGGAGGUGCCCAAUGUUCCCAGUGGACCGGUCGUACUGCCGGGACCGCCCGCGAGCGGGUCUGCCUCCGGGUCGCUAUGGGGCGGAACUGUUGGGCAGAAUCAGACGUUUAUGAUCGUACUUCAGGACAGCUUCUUCAACCUCCGCACAGGCGGUGACGUCACUGCCGACCAGCUUGUCGUCAACGUCACCGUCACCAGCGCCGCGACGAAGCAGACUGUGGCAGUGCCCUUCCGAGGCCCGACCUUCGACUUCGCCAAGUCCCUGUAUACGGUAUCCUUCAUGACCACAGUCGCGGGGAAAUCGACUAUCUCUAUGUCCACUGCCGGGAUCCCAAUCCAGGCGUCCCCCUUCAUCGGGAACAUGAAGAGCGGUCCCGUCAGCGCUGCCGGCUCCCGGUUGACAGGCGCCGGGCUGGCGGGGAGCAUCGCGACCCUGGCCAGCAGCUUCACCAUUCAGGCAGCCGACGUCUAUGGCAACGCCGAGACAACCGGCGGCAGCAAUUUCCUGGUCAGCCCCCUGGGCACUUCAUGCACCCCGGCCACGUGCUCCGCUUACGUCACCGACAAUGCUGAUGGCACCUACACCGUCUCCUACAACUUUACGAGCAACGGCACUUACCAUAUGGCCGUCACGCUCGACGGCCAGCCAGUGGGUACUGCGAACAGCGUCAGCAGCCCCCUCACGCUGGAGAUCCUCAGCCCGACCGCGAACCGGCCGAUCGACGUCAGCAAGACCCUGGUUUCCGGCGUCGGGCUAGCCGGAACGACGGCCGGAACGGCUGCCGCCUUCAAGAUCACGACCAUGGACGCCAACUCGAUCCCGCUCAUCCAGGGGGGUGUCGAUUUCCAGCUGAUUCUGGCCCCCAGCGCCAACACGACCUCAAACAUUGUGGACAACAAGGACGGAACGUACCUGGUCGUAUAUACCGGCAAGGUUGCGGGUGGUUACACCGCCAACCUUCUGAUCAACGGAACCAUUCCGGUCCCCGCCCUGAACGGAACAAAGCUAACGGUGACUGCGGGGGCCACCGCUCCCAGUACGACAACGCUAGCGCCUCCCGGCUUCGCGGCCAACCUGACCGCUGGCCAAUCGGCCCAGGCGCUUAUAGUUCCGUCAGACGCUUAUGGGAACCCGGUUGUGUACGGACCAGACUAUCCCCCGAGCAAGGACGCCUUCUCCAUCCGGUUGCUUGACGGGGCUGGAAACACUCUGCGAGACGUCCCGGUUGUCCCCUCGGCAGAUCAGACCUUCCGCCCGUCGAUGGAGCUCACGAAAAGCGGCGUCUAUUCGCUCCAAGUUCUUCUCGCCCAGCAACCGAUAGCCGGAUGGAAGUCCCCGGUGACCGUUUCCCCGAGCCCUAUCAGCGUCACCAAGAGCUUCGUCUUGGGCUCGAAUCUGGGCGAAGGUUCGGCCGGGGCGCUAAAAAGAGUCGGCGUGUCGCUUCUCGACGACUUCGGCAACCAGAUCAGCGCCGCCAAUGGGGCGACGUGCGCGAUAACGCUCGCCUCACUCGAUGGGCCAAGUGUUACGGCGCCCUGCACGGACGCUGGCGGACAGUUUCUGGCGGUAGCGCUUCUGAACACUUCCGGCAGCUACCAGAUGACCGCUUCUGCUUCGUACGGCGGUCCAAACGUGACCCUCACUUCGGGGGUCCCAGAUCCUGUCACCAUCCAAGCUGGGCUGCCGGCCGCUGCGCAAACCACUGUGUCCGGUAUGGGCGUAACCCUCGGGGGCCAAGCGGGAAGACCUUCCAGCUUUUUGAUCGCGGUUAAGGACGAUUGGGGUAACUCAGUCGCUAACCCAUCCCCGGACGGUGUGGGAGUCACGGUUACAAACGUUGUUGCCGUGCGGGUGAACUCGGUGCUGAUCGCCUCCGGUCAGAACAUCCUAGUGAACUUCACUGCUGCGGCGACCAGUGCGGACAACUCCUACGCCCGCCUCGGGGGAUCCCUCUCAAGUCCCCAGUUAACAAAGGGGAUGGUGUUCACCGUUACAGCGGGCCAACAGAACAAGCUGAUUGUGAGCACAAUCGACGUUUUCGGGAACCCUCAGGUGGACCAGAGGGGGGUGGCGUGGCGGAACGAUAGUUUCAUGGUGACGUUGGACCCACCAACGGCGGCAGACAACAGUGCCACAGGCGCAGUGUGCAGCGAAGCUAUCAGCAACAACGAUGGAACCUACACCAUCACUUUCGGCGCCAAGAAGACCGUGGCCGCCGCCGGCAAUUCUACCUCGGCGCCCAUCACUUACUCUCUGGCGGUCACUCUGCUCACCAGCUCCGUCGGCCCCUCCGCAAUCUCCGGCAGCCCCUUCCUCUUUACGCUUCUCCCCGGCCCGAUCGACCCCGCCUCCUCCGUCAUCACCCCGGCCGGCACCGGCGAGACGUCCUCCGGGCUGACGUCAUCGUUCGUGCUGACGACAGCCGACGUAUUCGGCAACCCGGGGCAGUACGUGCCGGGCACCUUUUACAGCAUCGACGGGACGGCUGUGCCCUGGGUGUCGCCGGGCAACGUCACCGGGGCAGGGCCCCGGUUCGCUGUCGUCAACAAAUACGAUGGUACAUAUGCGCUUACGCUGACUACCACCCAGGCAGGCCGGUACAACGUCACCGUGAGAAUGAGCGGGGUGGCGAUCGGGACCGGCCAGGGUUCAGGGGUUACUUUCACCGGGCUCGUUAUCCCCCCAGGCCGACGCAAACGCGCCGCUUUCACUGCCAGUGGAGAUUGUCUCGGCAGCGCUUCUUGCCGCGCAAGAGCCCCCUCCCGUCUCGUCAUCCAGGCACGUGACCAGUUCGACAAUCCCAUCGAGGAGGACCUGACCUCACUGGCCGCCAAUCUGACGUCAGCGCUCCAGGUCCGAGCCGGCACUAGCGGCAGCUUCGUCACCUUUUCCGGGGGGGAUGCGGCCUCUGUGUCGCCGGUUCAAGUUGGGGACCCGGGGCAGCUGAUCCUUCCGUUCACCCCCUUUAAGGCCGGAAUUGUCGCCGUCUCUCUUGGAUUCCCGGAUGGAGUGCAGCUCCAGGGGAGUCCGUACUCGGGGGCAGUCACAGCGGGGGAUCCCUUAGCAGCCAACUGCGUCGCUUCCGGUUCCGGUCUGGUGGGCGCCCUCUCGUGCCCCUCCCUUUCGGAAUGCCUAGACGCCACCGUUUAUCUGACCCCCCGGGACGCAAACCGCAACGCCGUACUGGACGGGUCUCAGGACGCCACAGCAGCUGCCGCCCUGUGCGCGCGCUUCAUCAUCGCCUUUUCCACUCCCUCGGAUGUGCUCGCGAGUGCAUCCCCCAAGUUCGACACGUCUGCUCAAGGGCGCUGCGUCUUUUCGUACGUCGCGAAAAGCGCCGGUCAGCAGGUGGUAACCGUCACUUUCGACGGGCAGUCCAUUUCUGGAGGGGGGGUGUACAACGUGGCAAUCCAACAGGGGAUCGGACUGGCGAGUGCUGCCCAGAGCACGCUUUCCGGUGACGGCAUCAAUUCCGUCGUCGUGGCCGGACAAGCCUGCAACCUCACGCUGACGCUCGUCGACGCCAACGGAAUCCUGCUGAGGAACGGAACCGCCACGAACGUGACCACCGUGGUGACGUCAGCGAACGGCACGGACGCAGCACCGGGCGUCCGCUUCGCUGACGCACGCAACGGCCAGUACUUCGCCAGCUUCAGGCCCCUCGUGAGCGGAACCUUUACGGUUACCGUUUCCGUCAACGGCCAGCCGUUAGCGGCGUACCCCAACGGCUUUACGACAGCGGUGGCUUCCGGCGCAACGGAUCCCCUAACGACGCGCGUUGAGAUUUCCCCCGCGACGGCAAAGCGCGUGCCCGGUCCCGUAGUCAUCCGCAUCCUUCCCCGGGACGCGAAUUCAAACCCCCUGGACUACCUCAUUGCGGGCCUUGACGCCUUCUCCGUUGUCAUAACCCACCCCGACAGCAGCACGGUCACCUUAACCGCCACCCUAACCCAACACAACGGGACCAACGCUUUUACGGCCAGCUUCGCGCCCCUGCAAGUGGGCGCUUACAAAGCCCAGGUGCUGAUGUGCAGCCCCAGCCGGCCGGAACUAGGCGCGGCGACAAUCGGAGGGGCUGGUUACGUCAGCGCUUUUGGCGUGACGUCAGGGUUGCCGGACGCGAGCAAGACGGAGCUGCACUGGCAAGCCCUGGCCGGCAUGCAAGGCGUCACCCUGGCCCGUGCGGGGAUUCCCGCGCAGCUGCGCGUGGAGCUCAAGGACACCGGGGGCAACCGCGUUUCCGUUAGCGAUCUGAAGGCCAACCCUCCGACGGCUGCCGUCAGCGCGUCUCAGAACGCCACCUCCAAUGCAACCGUGUCCUGGAACUACGCGCUUGAUCCCCUCCUGGGCGACAUCUACAACGGCACUUACGUGGCGGUCCAAAGCGGGGACAGCGUCUUGGACUUCACCGUCACAAAUAAGACCCAGCGCUUCCCCGGCCCUCUGGUGAUAGCAGGUGCCGUUUCGCCAGCCAACAGUUCUGCCUCCGGCCCUGGCAUCGAAACCCCGUCCUCCCCUCAGAGCGUGCAAGCCGGCGUGCGGUCCGUCUUCUCCAUCUUCCCCAAAGACUUCUUCGGAAACGCGGUGCUUGAAAGCGGCAUGAGCUUCCGGGUUAAGCUAACCUCGAACGGGUCACAGCCAGCUGCGCUCAACAGUGACUAUGUCAACUUUGUGACGGACCACUACGAAGUUGGAUACACCCCCGUCAAAGCGGGCAACUAUACGGUCUCCAUCUCCCGGUCCAACGUAGCCUUCGGCGGCGGCCCCUAUUCCGUCACCGUCCUUCCGGGCUCCGCUUCCGCUGCCGCCUCCAAGCUGUCCCCAGACUCCACAGCCAACUGCUCCUCCGGAGGAACACGUGUCGUCACCGUACUGGCUUACGACGCCCUCGGCAACCCGGCCACCAGCACCGCCGACAGCUUCUCCGUCACCGUGACCGGAACGGAUUCCGUUUCCGGUCAGAUGACCCCUUCCGCCCCGGGGCAGUACAACUUCAGCUACCCUUGCGUCGCCGCCUCCAACCAGAGGAGCUUCCUGACGGUCGCGCUGACGUCAGGUUCCGACCCGGGCCCGGUGAUCAGCAACCGGCCCCUGACAACUUUCCCGGGGCCUGUUAGCCCCGCCAACAUCCAAGUCAGUCCCCCGGGCACUUUGACGGCCGGGGCGCCUUCCCCAGUCUCUUUUACCGCCCUGGAUGCGAACAACAACCAGCUUUGGACCGGCGGCCUCAGCAUAAUCUUGCAGGCUGCAAUGGACGGCCAUCCCCCGGUCGUCUUCCCUACCACCGACCGGGGCGACGGUACGUACCAGGCGGCGCUGGUGCUCACCGCCGCGGGGACGUAUCACCUGAGCGCCAACGUUUCUGGGCAGCAGUUCUACCCGGGCGUGAAUGGGAGUCAGUUCGUGUCCGUUCAGCCGGCCGCGCCCGCGCCCGCGCUGACGGCCGUCUCCCUACCGGCGAGCUUCACGGCCGGCGCAGCUAGCAGCUUCACGGUUCAGCUCCUCGACCAGUUCUCUAACCCGGUCCUAACCAACCUGGUUAGCACGGCGAACCUGCAGCUGUCGUCCGUCUCCAGCCAGACCGGGUUAUCUUCCCCGCUCGCCUCGACCGUCGCCCAGGACCCCUCGUCGGGAAUUUACACCGUCGCAUUCACACCGCUGGCGGCUGGGCUGCUCCGGGUUGCCCUGUCGGUGAACAACGUACCGGUUCUCAACCCUUCCACCCGGCAGCCAUUCUCGACGGCCGUUCUGCCCGGCGUGGUGUCCCCCUCUAACUGUCGCGUAACCGGGGCGGGUUUCGUGGUGGGAGCCGCCUCCGGCGUGCCGGCCGGUUUCUUCAUUUCGGCAAAUGACGCCUUUGACAACAGCGUGGCUUCCUUACCCCCGGGCACUUCCUUCGACGUCACUUUCUCGGACCCAACUCUCAGCCUGAGCGCUCCCGUCAGCUUGCAAGGCAGCGGGGUCUACCUGGCUACUUACACGCCCACUGUUGCCCAGGUUACAGCAAACCCAACUCUAACCGUUACCGUGGGUUACAACGGAACCAAUAUCGCCACGAACGCCGUCAAGGUCUGGCCGCAGCCCGGCCCCGUGUCCGUUGCCGCCUCUCGGGCCGUCGACUUGAGCGGAAUUCCGGUCGGUUCCGCUGUCAAGGGCGUCGUCGGAACGCCACUCCAGCUGUACAUCCAGCCGCGCGACGCGUCGGGGCUCGACAUCCGCAGCGCGGCCGCGGCGAAUGUGUUCAGCGCGACCGUUCCGGACCUGGGGGUGCUCGUUCCGGUCCCGCUCACCGACGGAACCGGGCGCUACGUGCUCACGUUCACGCCCCCCCGCGCCGGCCUCAUCGCAGUUCAGAUCACGAGUUACACGGUGUCCUCUGAAACGCUCGCGAACAGCCCCGUGAUGGCGCAGAUCGCCCCGGGGCCGACCGCGGCCGCGACCGCGCAGCUCCUCCAGGCCGGGGGCUCCCAGCCGUUCUCCUCCGCCACCCCCCGGGUGGCCGGAGUGGAUGACGUCAUCGUUGUCAAGUCUUACGACGCACAGCGCAACGCGCAGGUUUACAACGCGCUCGCGGGAGGUGACGUGUACGCGGCCGCGCUGACGGGCCCCGCGAACGUCAGCGCCAGCAUGACGGACAACCAGGACGGCACGUACGCGCUGCGCUACACGGCGACUGUUACCGGCACGUACAGCCUCACCGUGUCGCUGCGAACUGGCGGGGUGUGGGCCCCCGUCAACGCUCAGCCGCUGCAGAUUAGCGUGACCAACUCCGCUUUCAGCAUAGCGCAGUGCUCCGUCCGGCCAACGCCUGCGCUGGUGACCACGGCGGCUUCGGGGGUGCCCUUGGUGUUCACGAUCUUGGCCAGGGACGGCUACGGCAACCCUUACACGACGGGCGACAAGUCGUUUGCGGUCCCUUCGAGCGGCCCCGCGGCUCUCCAGUGCACUGUGGCGCCCACGAGUGUCCCGUCCGAAUUCCAGGCAUCCUGCACCGCCGGCCCGGUGGGUACGUACCAGCUGACCGUGGCUGACGCCAGCGAUGCCAGCGCGACGGUGCCCGGCACUCCCUUCCAGGUACAAGUCAUUCCGGGAGCCGUUUCCGCCGCCACGAGCAGCGCCACCGGAACCGGUCUUUCUGUCGGCUCCGCCGGAAAACCGGCAGCUUUCGCCGUGACGGCAAGAGAUGACGCCGGCAACAUCGUCAGCAGCCUGCCGACCGUUUCUUUCGUGCCCAAGACCGCCGCAGACGCCACCAGUCUGCAGAUUGCACUCACCGGUUGUGCAAACGACGGGACGAACUGCCAGGCGACCGUUACAUACACACCGGUGCAAUAUGGGGACAUCAAAGUCAUAAUCUCGUACGGGACCAUCGUGGUGGGGACCUUCUCCCCGGUCAUUUCCCCCGCACCCGCCCCCCAGCUGCUGCUCGCCCAGUUGACUCCCAGCCUGGGCGGCAUCGUGCUUAUCUUCGACCAAGACACCAACGGCGGCCGCUUACAAUACUCCACCACGACAGCCGGCCUCCAAGGCACGUGCCAGAAGCUGCUCGAUCCGGUAGUCAUCCCCAAGCUCGGUUCCGGCACCGUUUACUGCACCUGGCAGAACCGGCGGAAUCUCCUCAUUACGCUCGGAUAUAACUCCACGAUUCUCCCGGUCGGCAGCGCGGCGCCGGACGCGGUGACGAUCCGUUCGGACGCGAUCGCGAACGCGGCGUCCAACUCGUACGACGCGUCCGGUUCCGUUCCGCUCAAGGGCCCGGACACGGCGCCGGUGCCCGUGGCGAGCGUGGUGGCCCCGGCCGCGGUCGGGGUGUGCGACCCGGUCACGCUCAGCGCGGCCGCGACGGGCGGCGGCGGGCGGCCGCUGCAUUACAGCUACUACGUGCAGGGCCCCAAUGACGAGUACACCGCAGCCCUGACCACCAAACUCGCAAGCUUCACGGCUGCCGGAAGUUACUCUUCCAUCACGCUAGCGUCCAACGACCUUGGCCCCGGCUUAACGUACACCUUCACCGUCACGGCGACCAACUUCCUAGGCGUCGCCAGCACGCCGGUCGCCGUCACCGUCGCCAAGCAGAGCGUUCCGGUGCCCAUUCUCACUCUGGCCAACCCGACCACGGGCCCCGAGCGCCGCAUCACGUGGACGUCUAGCAACAUGAUUCGCGUGUCAGCGACCGGGAGAGUGCCCGGGAAGUGGGUAUGGGUCAACGGCCAGUGCGUCCCGGGCGGCGGGAACCUGCCGCUGAAGUACACGUGGCAGCAGCUGAGCGGUCCGAUCAUCGAUCUGAGCACGCUGGGAGGCAAUAUGGUCGCGCAAGUGACGACGGCGUCCUUUGCGUCGCCCACGCUGGUCAUGCCCGGGAGCCUGCUCCAGGUCGGCUUCGACUACAGCUUCCAGCUGUCGUGCGCCCAGGUGGACAACACGACCACCACGACGGCCUCCACGGUGCAGGUCACGCUCAGCCUGCAAGCACAGCCCAUCACGGUUACCAUCCCUGGCGGUAUCACCGUGGUUAACGCCGCUAACCCGCUGGUCUUGGCGGUCGCCGCCAAAGAUCCCGACCACUCGGUCGACGUCAGCGGGCGGCCCAUCCCCUUCCAGUACGAAUGGAGCUGCGCCCAAACCCUGCCUGACGCGGCCGCGGCCGCGCUCUUCGAGAACGACGCGGCUAACAAUUUUGGCCAGCAGCUAAUCAUCCCGGGAGGGGUUCUGCCCAACGGAGUGUACACAUUCAGUGUUCAAGUCUCCAAAGAGCCCCUCUCGAGCGGCCGCAUCAACGUGGCUGCUUCCGCCACCGUCACGGUCGUUUCCGCUGCCGUCAUCAAGAUGGGCGUUUCCGUUCAGGGGAACGACAUCUCCGCCGGAAUCAGCGCGUCCCGCAACCUGCAGCUGACGUGCACUGCUGACAUCGCCAACACCGUCUUCUCUUGGGCAAUUACGUCAGCAGACGAUCCACGCGCAAUUGGAUACGUUGCCAGCCAAGAUGGUUCUCAGAUCACCAUUCCGCCCAACAGCUUCUCUUCCGGCCACACGUACGUCGUGACGUGCUCGGGAAACAGCACGUUCGGCGUUGGGGCGACCGGUUUCGCGUCACUCCCGGUCUCGGUCCUGGACAUUCCUUCGGGCGGAACCAUCUCCGGCACCUAUUCGCAGCCCUUCUUCGCGGGCCUGAGCGUCUUCCAGGCGGCCGCGCUCAACUGGGUGCCCAGCGCCGACGCGCAGUCGGGCAGCCUGCAGUACCAGUUUCGGUACAGCGUCGCCUCAAGCAUCUACGAGACCAUCGUGUACGCGGGAGCCAGCAGCACCGCCAGCUUCAUUCUGCCGGCAGGCCAGAUCACGCUCAUCGCAUAUAUCAACAACCCGGGGACGGUCGCGGCCGCCUCGCCUGGGGACCAGCCCACUGGAGCGAGGUUUGUCUACGGCUCCCUCACCGUACUGGAGUCCCUAUCUGCCCCCUCGCGGCGCCUCCUCUCCUUAAAAGACCAGUCCGCUCGCUUCUCCCCUUGGGGCCGCUCUCUCCUCGACUUUUCCUCCGUCAAUCACACCGUCGCCGAAACCAGUUACGAGUCCGUCUACCUCCCGGCGGCCUACCAGCCCGUCAAUUACGCCGGCGUGCUGACGUGGGCGGCCGCGUGGGCCGGCGAGUUCGCGCCCGCGCAGCCGCUCGCGACGGGCUGCGGCGGUGGCAGCCAGCAGAUGCGGUUGCAGAAGGCGGACGUCCUCAAAAUCAUUGCGGCGCUCGACCAGUCCGCGCCGCCGGCGUUUACUCCAAGCAUCGACAGCUCGCCCGGCGCCACGAUCGCGGUCCAGCACGCGUGCGCGCUCGCGUCUCUGCUUUCCGUCCCUGACGAGGUCGCGCUCGCGGUCCUCCCCCCUGGCGCGAGCAACAACAGCCUCUCCGCCUCGGUCGCCGAAACGCAGCCCGCCAUCCAAAGCGCGAUCGUUACCGCCGCCAACGGCACCACCGUCACGUGCGAUAACUACCAGUGCUUCACCGCGGCCGCCGACGCGCUGCUCAACGCGGUCGCGGCGCACUGCGGGGCCCAAACCCUGCCCAACCCCUGGUGGGCCGACGCGGCCGCGUUCGCGCCCGUCCUGCUGGCCAAGAUAUACGGCGACGAUCCGACGGUCUCGAAGCCUGGAUUGCGCACCAGCAUGCAGGGCCGCACGUUUGACUGGACUGUGAUCCAGGCGGCUCCCAGCGAUUCUUUCAUACGAGCGACUGCGGGCAAGUUUGGCUUCUCGGUUCCUGUUUCCGGUGGGGGCGUGACGGCGUAUGCGGUGGCUUACGCGGACGGCAUCGUGGUCCCCCCCGCGGCCGCGGAGACGAGCGGCGGCGGGCCGGUCAAGGCGGCCGCGCUCUUCCUGGCCAGUAAUGGUGCUUCCUUCUCAGCCGGCCCGGGCACCGUCAUCUUCACCAGCCUGGCCGCCCCCCCGACCAACACCGAGUACAUGGUGGACGUCUACCGGGCAACCGGGUGCAACCUGUGGACUCUCUUCCCGGGUGACUCGGUUGGGGUCCCCGACUACACGGCCUGCGCCUGGACGGCCGUCGCGGCAAACGUCAGCGUCGCUUACGACAGCACCGCCAAAAUCGGCAUCGCUGCGAUCGCCGUGUGGAACGCCGUCUUCGUACUGCGCACCCAGAGUCUUCCCCCGCCCACCCAGAACUGGGCGAUCGCCGACACGAACCCCGCCCAGUCCCAAGACACGCUCAGCCUAGUUGUUCCGGGCAGAGCCGCCGCUUCCGCUUCCGUCGUGGGCGUUUCCAUCGUUGACGCCCCGGCCACUGACCCGAUCACCGGAGUGAUCGUGUAUUACACCGGGGCCACUCAACCUGUCACUGCGUGGUCAGCUGACGUCACCCCGGCCGCGGCCGCGGCCGUUUACUUCACCCAAGCCGCGGGCGCGUUCUACCCGUUCACGGGCUCGGUUGUGUUCCAAGCCCUCCCCGCCCCGGCCUCGGGCACGGCUUACGUCAUCGACGUGUACCAGGCUGACGGGUGCACUCUGCCCGCGCCGCCCCUGCCAACCGACUCCCUCUCCGGUUGCUCCUGGACGUUCGUUUCUCAGAAAAACCCGGUGGAUUUCAGCCCGGGGGCGCGGACCGGGACGUAUAGCCCGGCGCAGUCCGAGUGGAACGGCGUCUUCGUUCUCUACACGGUAGACGAGUCUGGCGUGCCAACCCCCGCCCCGUCUGUCCCGGUCACUUCAGGCAUAACCGGGUACGACCCAAAGCUAACCAGCUUCGUUUCGGCGGCUGUGGACACCACCUGGAGCUACGGCUUCGCGGCGACCGGAACGGACCUCAUCACCGUUACAAGCGUCUCUUACGGGGACCACGUCCCGGUCGCCUUCAACAACCUGCCCUCCUCUCCGGUCGUGGGCGCGGUCGGUUUAUACCUCGCCCAGGGCACAAGCGCAUAUACCCCUCCGUCUGGGACCGUUUCCUUCAACAACGUCUCACCGCUGACGCCGAAACGGCGGGCCCUGCUUGUCGUUUUCGCAAACCAGCUGCAAUACACGGUGGACUUUUACGCAGCGACCGGCUGCACCCCGGCCAUGCCCCCGGUGAACGCCACCGCCUUCUUCGGCUGCUCGUGGACCGUAUUCCGGAACCUGGCAGUCACAUACGAUGCCGCCCGGGGAAAGGUCACCUUUGCCCCGGCCACCUCGGCGCAGUGGAACGGACUCUACCUGUUGCAUGUCAUCCCAGUGGCGGAUGCUCCCCCCCCUCAACAAACUAAAACCCCGACACCCACCCCGACUGCAACUCCGGCCCCGACCGAUCCCCCGAGCACUGGUUCGCCCCCUCCUGGGGUAGCGAUCGGAGGCGCGGACAACGCCACGACGCUCGGCAUGGGGCUUGCCAUCGGCGUCGGCGGCGCCAUGUUCGUUGCGGCCGCGCUCGCGUACGUCAUCAAGGUGCGCGCGGAGGCGGCCGAGGCGGCCCCGGGCGGCUCGCCGCCCCUAGUUGCUCCCGCUGAUGACUCGUCCCAAGGGCCCCUUGAGGCGGACGCACCCUUCGAGUUCCCGGCGCCCGAGCAGGCUCCGUUGGAACGGGGCGAGAGCUCUGCGGCCGCUUACGAGGCGGGGCCUGAAGGAGAGACGGAGUAUGUGGCCGAGGAAGAAGACGCUGGGGGGGUAUACCAAACAGGCGAUGAUGGCCCCCUGGAAGGAUUGAACACUCACCCGAUAUCACCAAAGAGAGAAGCCACCCUCUCUUCAGCAGCUCAGGAACGGUAUUCCGAGGACUUUUCGGAUGGGGCCCUGCAACAGGACGUCCCGCUGGAUGACUCGACCCUCCGCCGCCGUUCUAAGACGAUGGGGUUCCCCUUCGAUGAUUGACGUUUCUGCAAAUAGUGAGAUGAGCACACAAAAAGCCCGGUAGAUUUCUAGAAAGGAAAGUGGGCGGCGGGAUAACUCGGUUGAAAUAGGCUAACAGGCUAAGGAAGGUAGGCUUCUCGUUAUAGAACGGCUUGGUGAAGAACUCCCUUGCAGAAGGAUUUUGAGUAUAUUAGCAUCGUUGCUGACCGGUGAACCCGCUUGAGGGUUUUCCUUCUCUGCUCACUUGACAUACUGACGUUUUAGAUAAGCGAGAUCGACACGACCACAAGUCGUCAGGGUGUUGCGCUUUGGUUUUUCAAGACUGCUUUUCACGCGAUUUAAGGCCGGCAACUUGGUAGAUUGGCGUUAUGUACAAUUGAAGGCACGAGAGCCUGAGUUCAAUUUAGGAUGAACAAGAGUGCCAUGUAGUCAAAUCAGCAUUAACUUAUACACCUCCAAUUCUGCAGCGAGCCUUAUAGUCAUAGCUGCACGGAUCUGCA